CUUGUUUCCUGUUCUACAGUGAAUUUGCUGGACACAUCGACCAUCCAUGGGGACUGGGGCUGGCUCACGUAUCCUGCUCACGGGUGGGACUCCAUCAACGAGGUGGACGAGUCCUUCCGGCCCAUCCACACAUACCAGGUGUGCAACGUCAUGAGCCCCUACCAGAACAACUGGCUGCGCACCAGCUGGGUGCCCCGCGACGGCGCCCGGCGCGUCUACGCCGAGAUCAAGUUCACCCUGCGGGACUGCAACAGCAUGCCCGGUGUGCUGGGCACCUGCAAGGAGACCUUCAACCUCUACUACCUGGAGUCGGACCGUGACCUGGGCGCCAGCACACAGGAGAGCCAGUUCCUCAAAAUCGAUACCAUUGCGGCCGACGAGAGCUUCACCGGGGCCGACCUGGGUGUGCGGCGCCUCAAGCUCAACACGGAGGUGCGAGGUGUGGGCCCCCUCAGCAAGCGUGGCUUCUACCUGGCCUUCCAGGACAUCGGUGCCUGCCUUGCCAUCCUGUCUCUCCGCAUCUACUACAAGAAGUGCCCCACUAUGGUGCGCAACCUGGCCGCCUUCUCGGAGGCGGUGACGGGGGCCGACUCAUCCUCGCUGGUGGAGGUGCGGGGCCAGUGCGUGCGGCACUCCGAGGAGCGGGACACACCCAAAAUGUACUGCAGCGCCGAGGGCGAGUGGCUGGUGCCCAUUGGCAAGUGCGUGUGCAGCGCGGGCUACGAGGAGCGGCGGGAUGCCUGUGUGGCCUGUGAGCUGGGCUUCUACAAGUCGGCCCCCGGGGACCAGCUCUGCGCCCGCUGCCCUCCCCACAGCCACUCUGCAGCCCCUGCCGCCCAGGCCUGCCGCUGCGACCUCAGCUAUUUCCGUGCAGCCCUGGACCCACCGUCUGCAGCCUGCACCCGCCCCCCCUCGGCACCAGUGAAUCUGAUCUCCAGCGUGAAUGGGACUUCUGUGACCCUGGAGUGGGCCCCUCCGCUGGACCGGGGCGGCCGCAGUGACAUCACCUACAAUGCCGUGUGCCGCCGCUGCCCCUGGGCCUUGGGCCACUGCGAGACGUGUGGGGGCAGCACCCGCUUCGUGCCCCAGCAGACCAGCCUGGUGCAGGCCAGCCUGCUGGUGGCCAACCUGCUGGCCCACAUGAACUACUCCUUCUGGAUCGAGGCCGUCAACGGUGUGUCCGACCUGAGCCCAGAGCCCCGCCGGGCUGCCGUCGUCAACAUCACCACGAACCAGGCAGCCCCGUCCCAGGUGGUGGUGAUCCGCCAGGAGCGGGCGGGGCAGACCAGCGUCUCGCUGCUGUGGCAGGAGCCAGAGCAGCCCAAUGGCAUCAUCCUGGAGUACGAGAUCAAGUACUACGAGAAGGACAAGGAGAUGCAGAGCUACUCCACCCUCAAGGCUGUCACCACCAGGGCCACCGUCUCGGGCCUCAAGCCGGGCACCCGCUACGUGUUCCAGGUCCGAGCCCGCACCUCGGCUGGCUGCGGCCGCUUCAGCCAGGCCAUGGAGGUGGAGACCGGGAAACCCCGUCCCCGCUACGACACCCGGACCAUCGUCUGGAUCUGCCUGACACUCAUCACUGGCCUGGUCAUGCUUCUGCUCCUGGUCAUCUGCAAGAAGAGGCACUGCGGCUACAGCAAGGCCUUCCAGCACUCGGAUGAGAAGAUGCACUAUCAGAACGGGCAGGCACCUCCACCCGUCUUCCUGCCCCUGCACCACCCUCCGGGGAAGAUCCCAGAGCCCCAGUUCCAUGCAGAACCCCACACCUACGAGGAGCCGGGCCGGGCGGGCCGCAGCUUCACCCGCGAGAUCGAGGCCUCUAGAAUCCACAUCGAGAAGAUCAUUGGCUCCGGAGAGUCCGGGGAAGUCUGCUACGGGCAUCUGCAGGUGCCAGGGCAGCGGGACAUGCCCGUGGCCAUCAAGGCCCUCAAAGCCGGCUACACCGAGAGACAGCGGCGGGACUUUCUGAGUGAGGCAUCCAUCAUGGGUCAGUUUGACCACCCCAAUAUCAUCCGCCUUGAAGGUGUCGUCACCCGUGGCCAGCUGGCAAUGAUCGUGACCGAGUACAUGGAGAACGGCUCUCUGGACACCUUCCUGAGGACUCACGAUGGGCAGUUCACCAUCACGCAGCUGGUGGGCAUGCUCAGAGGAGUGGGCGCCGGCAUGCGCUACCUCUCGGGCCUGGGCUACGUCCACCGCGACCUGGCUGCCCGCAACGUCCUGGUCGAUGGCAACCUGGUCUGCAAGGUGUCUGACUUCGGGCUCUCGCGGGUGCUGGAGGACGACCCCGAUGCCGCCUACACCACCACGGGAGGGAAGAUCCCAAUCCGCUGGACGGCCCCCGAGGCCAUCGCCUUCCGGACCUUCUCCUCGGCCAGCGACGUGUGGAGUUUUGGGGUGGUCAUGUGGGAGGUCCUUGCCUACGGGGAGCGGCCGUACUGGAACAUGACCAACCGGGACGUCAUCAGCUCCGUGGAGGAGGGGUACCGCCUGCCCGCGCCCAUGGGCUGCCCCCGCGCCCUGCACCAGCUCAUGCUUGACUGCUGGCACAAGGACCGGGCCCAGCGGCCUCGCUUCUCCCAGAUCGUCAGCGUCCUGGACAUGCUGAUCCGCAGCCCUGAGAGUCUCAGGGCCACGGCCACUGUCAGCAGGUGCCCGCCCCCCGCCUUUGCCCGGAGCUGCUUUGACCUCCGCGGGGGCGGGGGUGGCGGCGGGGGCCUCACCGUCGGGGACUGGCUGGACUCCAUCCGCAUGGGCCGCUACCGGGACCACUUUGCUGCUGGGGGUUACUCCUCUCUGGGCAUGGUGCUACGUAUGAAUGCUCAGGAUGUGCGUGCCCUGGGCAUCACCCUCAUGGGCCACCAGAAGAAGAUCCUGGGCAGCAUCCAGACCAUGAGGGCCCAGCUGACCAGCACCCAGGGGCCCCACCGGCACCUCUGA